AUGAUACGGGACAACGAGUUCCGUAGUGCAGCCGACGGUAAUGACAUCUUUCCCCUGGGAUCUGACGCUGGAGAAAUAAGUAGCAGCCCUCCGAACUUGAUAAGCGCCCUAGACGCUUGGGGACUGGAGGGUAGGCUCAACUUUCCUGUGGAGAGUGAUACCAAUGCUGAGUGGCAGUAUAACUUCUCAAUUGACUUCCCCGCUUUUUACGAUGGCUUCCAGGCUCCUCCGGGCGAGCUCAUUACAUCGACAUCACAAAGAACGCCAUCAGAUCUUGCAGAGGGAGCAGGAGGGAGCGAUUUCAUUCAAGGCCAGGCUCGCGCCAACGCGAUCCGUGACAGAGAAUCCCUUUGGUCUUGUUUGCCAAAGCACUGCGACCCCACCGGUCCGUUUGAUGAGAUGAUCCUGGAUCUUCUACGCACCUACCGAGACAGAAACCAUAUGACUGAAACACCUCUCGAGUUCGGACACAGCGACUUUCCGAGCGUCAACUCGCUGCUGAAUCCAAUAAUAGAUGAGCCAGACAAGCCCGUCUCCUCAACCAUCGCGCGGCAUAUGGCUCGCGUUAUCCGUGUCAACACCCUUCCGGAGAAGAUUGCCCUUUUGUACAUCACAUGCAUGCUCAUUAGGUGGCAAAUCUGUCCCAGCGCGGAGAAUUAUGCAACCAUGCCAAGGUUUAUGCAACCAGGCUCUGCUCAGCUAGUUAUUGCCCAUCCAGUCUGGAUAGACACAAUUGGCUGGCCAAAAGCCCGCCAGCGGCUGAUUGAAGAAAUGGAUUUCACGGAAUACCCCGAUUGGGCAUCUUUGAUCACAAGGAGUUUCUCUAUCAAUUGGCCAUACGGCCUAUAAGGAAUUCUGGAAAGAAAGUCUAGAGAAAACUACGUCCUUUCGCAUAAAUUUAUUGCCCACGUGCGAG